UUCAGUCGGCGUACGACAUUUCAAUAUAAAGGAUUAAAUUACAUAACAUUUUUACGAAAUUCGAAAUAUAAUAUGGACCUAGAAUCCUUUCGCUCAAAGUAUAGCGACAUAACAGUGACAACGGUGACUCCUGGUGGAAAGAAGGAAGAACAAAAGGCCAAAGAAAACGACUUCAAGAUGUCAACUGAGGAGGAGCAACCGCCGCGCGUUGAAAUUACACGCGUUUCGUCUGGCAGUGGCACUGCAUACGGACCCAGCGCCACAUCGACUCCGUUGAACGUUUCCGCAUCGUCCUCUACUGCCGGAUCAUCACACAGACCCAACUCAUCGGCUCCUGCAGGAGGUUUUGCACACGGACGCAGAUCAUCGACCUCGAACAAUCGUUCUGCAUUUGGACCAUCCCCAUUAGGUCCUGCUGACGGAUCUGGCACUCGCUCGCAACAGCAGACUGCUGCCGCCCUAGCCUACGCCACCGAGUACAAAGAGGUGAUGGCCAAACUGGAUUACACAAAAUACAUGCAGGCCAAGCUGAAGAAGUUGUCCGAAUCGCAGGGCCAAAAUAAUGCUGGAGCCGGUCUCAAAUUUGGGAUGAAACCGGAGAAUAUUCUCACUGCCGACGUGGAACCCAAAGGGUCCAUUGUGGACACAUUCGAUAAUCUUGUGUCCGUUGUGGAAAAGAUAAAGACUGUAGUAAAACCCACUAGCAUGGGGAUGCGAGUCGCCUCGGAACGUUUGCUGCAUGAAAUAGCCAAUGCCCGUGACGUGGUGAAGACAGGUCAAAAAAUCCUAAAGCACGAAGAGCUUGAUACUUCAAAUACUCCCCCCAAGGAGUGACGUCAUCCGGUGCAGGUUCACCGCCGCUCGGUUUACGACACUUUUCAGUUAGUGCCA